AUGGAGGUUGUUACUGAGGCUUCAUACGUGAAUGUGCCUGUUAUCUCUUUCUGCAACACCGAAUCGCCAUUGAAGCUCAUCGACAUCGCUAUUCCUUGCAAUAAUAAGGGAGAGCAAUCUAUUGGACUUAUGUGGUGGCUGCUGGCUCGUGAAAUUCUGAUCCUUCGCGGAAAAAUUUCGCGUCAGACCGGAUUCGUUCUUGAUGAUAAAGAGAUCAUGCCUGACUUGUACUUCUAUCGCGAUCCUCAAGAGUCCGAGAAGCAAGAAGCCGCUGAAAUCAUGCCGGAAGUUAAGCCUGAUUAUGAAGUACCCAGUGAGGCUGUCGAUUUCACUGCUCAGCCAGAAAUCAAGGAUUGGGCUUCGGAAACUGCGACAUGGAACCCAGGAAGCAAACCAGGAGAGGCUGCUGGAGAAUGGGGAGCUGGCGCACCAACGAGUACUUGGUGA